AUCACUGGAAUCAUAAAGAAAGGAAAAACGAUAGCUAGCUAGACGCAUCAGCAGCACUUCGAUCUCCAAAUCUCCGGCGGCUGCCCCCAAUUUCGCCGGCGAUAAGGAUUUAGCCCAGUGCAUAUCUAUGUAUAACCUACGUUGCAAGAUAAUAUAGUUACUAUCAGUUGUCUGCUGCAGAAAUUAUCCCUCUUCUCUGCUUGGACUACUGCUACUGCCAAAUGUCAGCUACAGUGAAUCCACCGACUCUACAAAUCUUAGCUCGAGAACCUGAAGGUUUUUCUAUCUGGAAUGGACCCCCCUUUGCCAAUGGCCAGCCACAUAUCAGACUUGAGAGAGUUCCUUGCUCUUCUGCCAAAUUUAGCGAAAAUGGGUCCAGACUGCUGGUGAUCAAAAGCACCUCUGUUAUUUCUAUUUAUGAUUGCAGCAACGACGUCACUGAGAUUAGAUCCUUUGAGAUCCCGUCUGUUCUUGCUGCUGCUCUUUCUCCCUGUGGAACCUUUCUCCAAACUUUUCAAAAACCCUCCAAUCCACAAGAUAAGAACGUUUCACUCUGGGAGAUCAAGACAGGUGUUCCUGUUUAUCAACAAUUCCAGAAGAAUAUGUCUAAAACCACUUGGCCUACAAUUCAGUUUAGCUCCGAUGAAACUAUUGCAUGCCGAAUGGCAACAAAUGAGAUACAAUUUUUUGAUGCCAAGGACUUUGCCAAAGGAAUCAUAUCUAAAGUAAGAAUACCUGGUGUUUCAGCAAUGGAGCUUUCAAAAUCUCCCGGUUCAUAUGUUGCAGCAUAUGUUCCAGAAUCCAAGGGUGUUCCAGCUAGUGUUCAAAUAUUUUCUUGUAACAAGGACAAACAGUCUCAGGCUGUUGCACGAAGGAGUUUUUUUCGUUGCUCAACUGCACAAUUACACUGGAACAAUGGCUCUACAGGUCUCUUGGUUGUGGCCCAAGCUGAUGUAGAUAAAACCAACCAAAGUUAUUAUGGAGAGUCUAAAUUGAACUACUUGACAACUGAUGGGAGUCAUGAGGGACUUGUUCCUCUGCGUAAAGAGGGUCCUGUUCAUGAUGUUCAAUGGUCUACUUCGGGUUUGGAGUUUGCUGUAGUUUAUGGAUUCAUGCCGGCCAAAGCUACAAUUUUUGACAAGAAAUGCAAUCCAAUCCUUGAACUUGGAACAGGUCCUUACAAUACAGUCAGAUGGAACCCAAAAGGAAAAUUCAUAUGUUUGGCCGGAUUUGGUAACUUGCCUGGUGACAUGGCUUUUUGGGAUUAUUCAGAAAAGAAAGUGCUUGGAACAACCAGGGCAGAAUGUUCCGUGACAAGUGAAUGGUCUCCUGAUGGAUGUUAUUUCAUGACUGCCACAACUGCACCGAGGCUACAAAUAGACAACGGGAUAAAGAUCUUCCGCUACGAUGGAGCUCUGUAUUUUAAGAAAAUGUUCAGUAAGUUGUUUCAGGCUGAUUGGAAGCCAGAAGCACCUGAAAGGUUUGGUGGUAUUGCUGACCUUAUCAAGUCUGUGGACACAUUAACAAUUAUAGACCAAACAAAAAAGCAAGCAGAAGACCCUAAAUCAUCACAAGCACCUCCAAAGGCCUCCAUGAAUUCAGCGCAAAAGCCUGCUUCCUAUCGCCCACCACAAGCCUCCAUGAAUACAACGCAAAAGCCUGCUGCUUAUCGCCCACCCCAAGUGAAGCAGGCUGCUGCAGUUCAGGCAGAGCUUGUCGGCGGAAAUGCUUCACAGGGUCCAAGCAAAAAUGCAUUGAGAAACCAAAAGCGCCGGGAAAAGCAGAAGGAGAAAAAGGCUGCGGAAACAGUUAGAUAGCCUAUGGCAAUUGAUGCGGAAGGGCUUUUUGCCCAUAUACCUGCUGCUAAAUCAAAUCCAGUUGCGCUUCUGCCCCCCAUUUUCUUACUUAGGGAAUUGUAGUUGUUGAGCUUUUUGACUGGUCUCUCUUCUGCAUCAAACAAAUAUGAAUAUAUAU